AUGGAAAAUGUACAUCUGGCAGUAGAGGAGGACGAUAUUUAUUCAGGAUACAACGACUACAACCCGACGUUUGACACUGAGGAGCUGGAUAACGACGCGGGCUUCCAAGAAGCGGUGAGAACCAGUCAUGGAAGGAGACCCCCGAUGACUGCAAAGUUUUCUGGCACUGCCGCAGGGGGGCGCCCCUUAGCUUCAUCUUAUGGGGCUCGAAUGACCUCCUCAAUUGGACGCCCCAUGACUGGAGCUGUACUGGACGGAGCAUCUCGGCCCAUGUCGGCAGUCAGAGCAGCGGGAUACACCUCGUCGCGAGCGCGUGGCUCAGCUUUUGACCCUCUUGGCCAGUCCAGAGGUCCUGCGCCAGCAUUGGAGGAAAAGAAAGAGGAUUUGCCCGAGGAGAAGAUCAAGCUGUUGGAGAAGAAAGUGAACGACUUAAUCACAGAGAGCUGCAUGGCUCAAAGCACGGGCAACUCACAACUGGCCCUUGAGAAGGCAAAAGAAGCUGAGAGGAAGGAGAGAGUGUUAGUGAGACAGAGAGAGCAGUCUGGCAAUGCAGAACAAGUCAACAUAGAUCUCACCUACGCUGUUCUUCUGAACCUGGCUAACCAGUAUGAAAAUAAUGAGAUGUACCCCGAAGCCCUGAGCAGCUACCAACUCAUCGUCAAAAACAAGAUGUUCACAAACGCAGGGCGCCUAAGGGUGAACAUGGCUAACAUCUGGGUGAAACAGAAGAACUACCCCAAGGCCAUCAAGUUGUACCGCAUGGCGCUGGACCACAUCUCGGACGACUACAAGGAGAUGAGGAUCAAGAUCAUGCAGAACAUCGGCACUGUCUUUGUGCUGCUGGGCCAGUACUCUGACGCCGUGGCGUCCUUCGAGCAUAUUAUGAGCAAAAGCCCCAAUGUCAGGACCGGCUACAACCUGGUGCUGUGCUAUUACGCCGUCCGCGACCCCGAUGGAAUGAAGAACGCCUUCCACAGGUUACUCGCCGUACCCCUGGACGUGCAGCACGAAGACAAGUACAUCGCCGCUAACGAUGACAUUAGAUCCAACAUGUUGAUGGAGGCCCUCAAGAACGACAAGCUAUACCAAAUGGAGAGAGACUUGAAAGCUCGUGCCGAGAAGUACGUGAUGACUGCCGCCAAGCUCAUCGCUCCAGUUAUUGAGUCGUCGUUUGCGGCCGGAUUUGACUGGUGUGUGGAUAUGGUGAAGAACUCUCAGUACGUGGAGCUGGCCAACGACUUGGAGAUCAACAAAGCCAUCACCUACCUCAGACAGAAGGACUUCAACCAGGCCGUGGCCAUACUAAAGACGUUUGAGAAAAAGGAAAGCAGAGUCAAGAGCGCAGCCUCUACCAACCUCUCUGCUCUUUUCUUCCUGGAGAAAGACUACGAGCAGGCGGAACGCUACGCAGACCUGGCGAUGAUUGCUGACCGCUACAACCCCGGAGCUCUGGUCAACAAAGGCAAUACCGAGUUUGUCAAGCAGGACUACGCCAAAGCGGCCGAGUUCUUCAAAGAGGCAUUGAGGAAUGACUCGUCCUGCACCGAAGCCCUUAGAAACCUGGGUCUAACGUACAAGAAGCUGAAUCGUUUGGAGGACGCGCUGGACUGCUUCCUGAAGCUCCACGCCAUCCUCAGGGACAGCGCCGAGGUCAUGUAUCAACUGGCCGACAUCUACGAACAACUGGAGGACCCCCACCAGGCUGUGGAGUGGCUGAUGCAAGUCAUCAGCGUGGUCCCUAAUGACCCCAAAGCUUUGGCCAAACUUGGGGAUUUGCAUGACUUGGAGGGGGACAAAUCACAGGCCUUGCAUUACUACCUCGAGUCUUUCAGACUUUUCCCUUGCGACAUGGAGGUGAUCGAGUGGUUAGCGGCCUACUACGUGCAGACGCAGCUCUACGAGAAGGCCAUUCACUACUUCGACAGAGCCAUACUUGUGCAACCAAGCGAGGUGAGGUGGCAGCUCAUGGUGGCUAGCUGUUACAGGAGAAGUGGAAACUACCAGAAAGCUCUAGACACAUACAAAGAAAUCCACCGCAAGUUCCCUGAAAAUGUGGAAUGUCUACGCUUCCUGGUGAGGUUGACUCAGGACAUGGACCUGCAGGAUGUCACGGACUACGCCAGCAAGCUGAAGAAGGUGGAGAAGAUGAAGGAGCUCAGAGAACAGAGAGUCAAGUCGGCACGAGAGGGCAGCUCGCGAGGUCGGCGAGAGGGCAGCGCGGGAAGUGCGGACAGCGGCCAUAGCAGCAGCAACGGCCACAAAGGCGAACGUCUGGGUGUCCAGGUGAUGUCACUCCCCGCUUCUUACGACCCUUACGAAAGGAGCAGCCCCAAAGAACUCGACGCCUCCUAUGUGGACCCACUGGGGCCUCUGACGGAGCGACCCAAGACUGGGGCCAAGGUGCGGGUGGAUGAUGACGACUUCGCCGAUGAAGAGCUCGGCGAUGAGCUGCUGCCUGAGUAG